CCACUUCUGUCGUGCCUUCGCAGGUGCCUCAUCUCCAGACAUGGAGCCCAGCUACGGGGGAGGUCUCUUCGACAUGGUGAAAGGAGGUGCAGGGCGGCUCUUCAGUAACCUAAAGGACAACCUGAAAGACACCCUCAAGGACACAUCUUCCCGAGUCAUACAGUCUGUUACCAGCUACACGAAGGGAGAUUUAGACUUCACUUAUGUUACUUCCAGAAUUAUUGUGAUGUCCUUUCCUCUGGACAAUGUUGACAUAGGAUUCAGGAAUCAGGUUGAUGACAUCCGAAGCUUUUUGGAUUCCAGACAUCUUGACCACUACACGGUGUAUAAUCUGUCACCCAAGUCUUAUCGAACUGCCAAGUUUCACAGCAGGGUCUCAGAGUGCAGUUGGCCCAUCAGGCAGGCCCCCAGUCUACACAACCUUUUUGCUGUGUGUCGGAAUAUGUAUAAUUGGCUACUACAGAAUCCCAAAAACGUCUGUGUUGUCCACUGCUUGGAUGGACGGGCAGCAUCGUCAAUUCUGGUCGGUGCUAUGUUCAUUUUCUGUAACCUCUACUCUACUCCUGGCCCUGCCGUACGGUUGUUAUACGCAAAGCGACCCGGAAUCGGGCUAUCGCCAUCCCACAGGAGAUAUCUGGGUUAUAUGUGUGACCUCCUAGCAGACAAACCCUACCGCCCUCACUUCAAGCCUCUCACCAUUAAGUCCAUCACUGUCAGUCCAGUUCCUUUUUUUAACAAACAGAGAAACGGAUGUCGUCCUUACUGUGAUGUAUUGAUUGGAGAAACCAAAAUAUAUACGACCUGUGCAGAUUUUGAACGAAUGAAAGAAUACCGUGUCCAGGAUGGAAAAAUCUUCAUUCCCUUGAGCAUCACUGUGCAAGGAGAUGUUGUUGUUUCCAUGUACCACUUGAGGUCAACCAUUGGGAGCCGGCUACAGGCUAAGGUGACCAACACCCAGAUAUUCCAGCUUCAGUUUCAUACUGGAUUCAUACCAUUGGAAACCACAGUGUUAAAGUUCACCAAACCUGAGUUGGAUGCAUGUGAUGUACCAGAAAAAUAUCCUCAGCUAUUUCAGGUGACUCUGGAUGUAGAACUACAGCCCCAUGACAAAGUGAUAGACUUAACCCCGCCAUGGGAACAUUACUGCACGAAAGAUGUCAAUCCCAGCAUCCUCUUCUCUUCUCAUCAGGAGCAUCAAGAUACUCUGGUCUUGGGAGGACAGGCUCCAAUAGACAUCCCUCCGGACAACCCCCGGCAUUUUGGGCAAGGUGGCUUCUUUUCCUCUCUCUGUUGGCAAGAUCAGAAAUCAGAAAAAUCAUUCUGUGAAGAGGACCACGCUGCCCUAGUGAACCCAGAAAGUGAGCAGUCGGACGAUGAACUUCUGACUCUGUCCAGUCCGCAUGGCAACGCCAGUGGUGACAAACAUCAUGGAGCUAAAAAGCCCAGCAAAAAGCAGCAGGAGCCAGCCGCUCCUCCACCCCCCGAGGAUGUGGACCUUCUGGGCCUAGAAGGGUCUGCAGUGAGUAAGAACUUCUCUCCGCCAGUGGCGCCUCCCACCAAUUCUGAACUGCUGAGUGACCUGUUUGGGGGUGGAGGGGCAGCCGGGCCUGCCCAGGCUGGCCAGUCAGGGGUAGAAGAUGUUUUUCAUCCGAGUGGACCUGCGUCCACCCAGUCGACACCACGCCGCUCUGCCGCCUCCACGUCUGCGUCUCCAACCCUAAGAGUGGGAGAAGGUGCCGCCUUUGACCCAUUUGGAGGACCUUCUAAACCAUCAGGUCAGGAUCUCCUGGGUUCUUUUCUGACCACGUCCAGUGCUUCCAGUGACCCCUUUCUUCAGCCUACAAGAAGUCCUUCACCUACAGUGCAUGCUUCUAGUACACCUGCUGUGAACAUUCAGCCAGAUGUUUCAGGAGGUUGGGACUGGCAUACCAAACCAGGAAGUUUUGGAGUGGGAAGCAAGUCAGCUGCCACCAGCCCAACGGGAUCCUCUCAUGGCACACCCACCCAUCAAAACAAGCCACAGACUCUGGAUCCUUUUGCUGACCUUGGGACACUAGGUAGUUCUUCAUUUGCCAGCAAACCCACCACACCAACUGGAUUGGGUGGAGGAUUUCCACCUCUCAGCUCACCGCAGAAAGCAUCUCCCCAGCCCAUGGGGGGAGGGUGGCAGCAGGGAGGUGGCUACAGCUGGCAGCAGACACAGUCUAAGCCACAGACCAGCAUCCCCCACUCGUCUCCCCAGCACCGACCCAACUACAACGUGAGCUUCUCAGCCAUGCCUGGGGGGCAGAGUGAACGUGGGAAAGGAUCAGCUAAUUUGGAAGGAAAACAAAAAACAGCUGACUUUGAAGACCUCCUUUCUGGUCAAGGUUUCAAUGCACACAAAGACAAAAAGGGGCCUCGAACAAUAGCUGAGAUGAGAAAGGAGGAAAUGGCUAAGGAAAUGGAUCCUGAGAAAUUAAAGAUUCUGGAAUGGAUUGAAGGCAAAGAGAGAAAUAUCAGAGCACUUCUGUCCACGAUGCACACGGUGCUGUGGGCUGGGGAGACCAAGUGGAAACCAGUGGGCAUGGCGGACCUGGUAACACCUGAGCAGGUGAAAAAGGUGUACCGGAGGGCUGUGCUGGUGGUGCACCCGGAUAAAGCUACCGGGCAACCCUAUGAACAAUAUGCAAAGAUGAUUUUCAUGGAGCUCAAUGAUGCCUGGUCUGAAUUUGAAAAUCAAGGUCAAAAGCCCUUGUAUUAACUUACGAGCUUUUGCAUCUCUGCGGCAGACCUGUGCUAAUGCUUAGUGUGCGUCACAAUUCUGAAGUUUUCACAGGUGAACCCAAAACUCCAGUAACAUGUUUCCAGUACUAAACUGUUAAAUUACUCGUGAAUUAAUUCCUCACUGAUAAGGAUUGUGGAUGUUUGUUUCCUCAAGUCCCCACUAUAAAAAGUCUAAAGCAGGGGAGGGACUUUUAGUCAGUCGACCUUGUGGAGUUACAAGAUUCCAGCCUGCCCUCUGGGGAGCUGACUCAGCAUUUUGUGGGGAAAUGGAAAACAAAGGCCACCAAAGGCAUAACACCCAUCCCAUUGUCUGAGAACAGGAAUAAUGAGCAAAAGCUAUGCUAAUUGGAUUACAUGAUGGAUUUUAACUAAUGGUUUUUAGAUUUUCUUGGAAAGAUGUAAUUUCAGCCAUGGCUUUACAUAGAUUCUAGGAACACGACCACUGAGUAUUUUAUUUUUCUGGAAAUUUACAAUGGUCUUUAGCAUAAUACUGUAUACUUCUUUUGGUCAAGAGGACUAACUCAUGUAAAAGAACUUGAACUGUGGAAAGUGAUUGUAUUACAAUCCAGUGAUUGCCAACUCUUCCUGGAUAAGCUAAAACUUAAUGGAAAUGCUGAGUGAAGAAAACAGGGACACUGUGGAGAUAGAAAUCUUUGUUCCUGGUCAGAAAGUUGGGCUGCUACCUUCCUCUCCCUUUAGAAAACUGUGGUUGCUUAAAGAAAAUGUCUUAAUGAUGUAACUUCAACUCUAAACCUAAUUUGAAAGAAAUUUACAAUUUUGCCAUAAGGCUUCAUGCUCUUCCUUUUGCUUAAGUCAGGAAAAUGUUCUUAGCUGGAAAUAGGUUGCGAGGCAGUUUGGCACAGUCAGAGUGUAUCAGGCCUGAUACCACGUGAGGAGUCCCUGUCCUCUAGGUUUGUGAGCGGUUGUGCUGAGGGUAUAGAAAACCCA